CAGGCAUCGCUUGUGAACACACGCUGAAUAGCUAGCAUGAGAUGAACUGUGAAUAACUGGUUAAUAAUAUUGCAGUUAGUGGAAGUCCCAGUGUUCCCAGUGUGAGUCGGGACAGCAUGGCGUCAGAGGAAGACGACGCUCUGCUGUUUCUCAUCUACCAACACCUGAAGCACGGAGGAUACAAGAAAGCUGCCAAAGGGCUGCAAAAACACCUUCCUCAGGUGGAGACAACAGAAGAAAGCUCCAACCUUCACGAUAUCUACACAGGCUGGAUGAAGUUGUGCUCUCUGGCGCAGCACGCCAAGCAGGAGACGGAGGACUCCACCGCUAUGAAGACGGAGAGCAUCAAACGAGAACCUGCCACCAGCGAAGGAGGAGGAGGAGGAGGAGAGGGAGCAGACUCCAAACUCUCCAACAUCCCAGAGGAGAAUCAUGUGGACGCCAAACCUCCAUCAGAGUCGUUGACAGAAGCUGAAAGUGUCUCGGAGCCGUGUCAGCUUCCUGAAGGAGACGCCAAAACAACAAACUCUGAGGGUGAGGACGGACAAGAGGAGAAAGAGGAGAAAGAAGAGGAGGAGGAAACACAAGAGGAGAAAGAAGAGGAGGAGGAAACACAAGCGGAGCCAGAGUCAGCUCCUGUGGAAGAGCCCGCUGAGGCGUCUAACGAGGCAGAAAGCGCCGACCGGGAGGAAGUGGAUGAACCCAGCGGCCAGGUCGAGCCCGCACGUGCUCCCUCUGAUCACGCUGAGGAUCAGCCCGCAGCUCCCGAGGCAGCCGCUUUAGACGGCGAGGAGCAGAAAGAGGACGCCGAUGAGCCAAAACAGGAGACAGAAGAAGCUCCAGACGCCUCUGAGGUCACAGAUGAAACCCCUACACUCAAAGAGACAGCUGUCAAUCAAACAGACGCGACAACGUCCUCGUCUCAGGAGUCAGAGGAUGAGGAAGGCAGCGCUGCUGAGAAGCCGAGCCAGGCCGAGCCCACCCCGUCAGACCCGACAGCUCUGGAGACCAAUGAGCAGCCAGAAGAGAGUGAAGCCCCGCCUCCUGCAGAGUCUAAAAAGCAAAAGGAGGCAAAGGUAGCAGAGAACUCAAAGAUGGAGGUCGACUGUGAACCCAAGGAGGAGACGAAGGCAAACACUGACGUCCCCGUCCCCGUCGACUCUGCAGCUUCAGGGGAGAUCGUGGUACCAGACGUCUCAGUCGUCCCCGAAGCGGCUGGAGGAGACGCUGAAACUCCCAAGAAGAAGAGAAAGAAGAGGAAGAAGAGUGCAGGGACGCCGACCAGCACUGACUCGACGGCCGUAGAUACUCCUGCUGCCAGCACGCCCGCUCAGGCUGCUUCUCCAGAGAAAAAGACAAAGGCCAAGAAAAGGAAAAUGGCGAGCGAGGAAGUGGAAGAAACUCCCGUCACUCCUUCAGAGGGUAAAAACAAAAAGAAGAAAGUAAAAGAGGAGGCAGAGGAGGAGAAGAAGGUGGAGAGUCCGGCAGAGACGACAACAAAGAAGAAGAAGAAGAAAAAUAAGAAGAAGAAGGUGGCUGGACAGGAGACGGAGGAGGUGCAGUCUGAUGAGAAACCAGCAGGGGGCGCUGACGUUGCAGGGAAGAAAGAGUCUUCAGAUGAAAACUCCUCGGGCAAAAAGAAAAAUCGUCCCAGGAAGAAGCUGAGCCUGAGGAAGAGGCUGCAGCAGAGGAAGAAAGAGGACACGAUGGGGAGGAGGAAGAAGAAGAAGAUGGUCAGCGACGCUGUAGCUGCUUCAGGACAGACGGAGGGCGCAGCGGAAAGUAAGACGCUCAAAGGCAAGAAGAAACAAAAAGCAGCAGCAGAAGAGACACCCCAACCAAAACCGGCCAAAAGACCUCCGCCUGCUCCCUCCCAGGAGGACGAGACACCAAAGAAGAAGAAAAAGACGAAGCUGAACUCUGAAGCAGAGGAGAACUCCUCCAAGGAGAACAACCCGCCAAAGAACGACAAGAAGAAGAAGAAGAAGAAGAAGGGAUCGGUGAAGCAGGAGGAAGCUGCAGCUGAGGUUGUCUCGACUCCAGGGAAGAAGAAGAAGAAGAUAACAACUGGAAAAGAAGAGACGACAGAAACCGCCAUCACUGUGAGCUCAGACGUCUCUGCAAAGAAAACCAAGAAGAACAGAUUAAAGGAGGCGGUGGUGGAGACAGAAGCUGCUGCAGACGCACAAACUCCUGGGAAAAAGAAAUCCAAGAAGGCGAUGGCUUCUGCUUAAAUGUGGACGUCAGUGGAUAAAGUUUGUACCUGGACCUGAAGAUCCCCGACCAGCGGGACAGUCUGCUCAACGUUUUGUGCCUUUUUAACUCCUGAACUUUUGUUCUGUUAUGUUCGAGUCAACAUCAGUGUUUUCAGUCAUUUCUAACUGUGUUUUUGUUUUUUCGCUCUAAAAACUGUGAUGGCAAUAAUUCUACCACACGCCUCAUGAUUUAGGCCCCGUGUUCACCUGCCGUUUUUUUUCUGAGCGACAGCGUCUUUUGUCAAUAAGGAGAGAGCGUUAGCGGC